AUGUUCCCUCCGUGGUGCCGCCUCAGGUUUGCCCUGGUUGGCAUGCUGAUCGAGAGCAAAAAGGACUCCAUCAACUGGGGUUCUCAGAUCUCAACAUGCAGUAGCUCGGUCGUUGUGGUCCGUACCGGUCUUGUUCUUGUGGAUGGAACGCCCAGCAACGACAAUAUGUACGUAGCUUGUUGGAUCGCUGCCUUGCAGGACAAACCAGUGUCCCGUCAGGACAAGGAGCAGGAGAAGGAUGUGGUGUUGCCAAGAACAAGCACCUGCGUGUCCCCGGUGAGUUCUCCUCCUGCCGAAGAUCUCGAUAGCCAGGAAGGUCAACAGGAUCCUGAAGAGUCAGAGCUGAAGCGAUCACAGUCCCUGCCUGCAUCAGAGCUGAAGCGCUCAGACACUUCGUCCAGCAUGUAUCGAAGUCAGACGAAGGAGAAGGGACGUUCGGAUGAGCCGAACUGGCGCAGCAUGAGUUCCCGCCCAGUGCGGACGAUUUCAGCUCCUGUACCGAAGCCGAAGAGCGUUCCCAAGAUGCCUGCCUCUCCCUUGAGUGCGCUCGGCAAAGACUUGACAGAGAUGCAGAAGGUGGAGCGCCAGGUAAAGUCCAUCCUCAACAAGCUUACCUGGGACAAGUUUGACAAGCUCUACGAAGACUUGGUCGCGUACUGUAUGGUCGAGAAUCCAGACAUCCGAAGCGAAACGGUGGAGGUCAUUGCUCGAGACGUGUUCAAGAAGGCUACCCUGCAGCACAACUUCAUUGAGCUCUACGCAGACCUUUGCGCCCGUCUUGAUGCGGACUUGAAGCAGAGAGGGAUCGAGGUGAACUUUCGAAGAGCUCUCCUCCAGCAAUGCCAGGAGUCCUUCACGGUGCAUUUGGCGCCUCCGGAGAUUGACUCCUGCCUUGAUUACGAAGAGCAGUACGAGAUGCUCGUGAAAUACAAGACGAAAAUGCUCGGAAAUGUCAAGCUCAUCGCCCACCUCUUGCGUUUGAGGAUGCUGGCGGCGAAGAUUAUCUUUCAUUGCAUCGAGGAGCUCAUCUCCAUAGGUUCUGCAGAGGCUCAGUCAACCAGGGAAAUGCUUACAAUGCUUACCUCGUGA